GCAACCCAAUCUCCAGCCCCCCUGCUACUUCGCCUGCCGCGGUUGAGUCUGCGGCCUGCGUUGUAGCGGUCGCCGUAGUUCCUCGGAAGCAGCGACUCCCCUCCCCCCCCUGCCCCGUUCCCCGUCCAUCCGCGGACGUGAAGAUGAGUAGCUCAGAGGAGGUGUCCUGGAUUUCCUGGUUCUGUGGGCUCCGUGGCAAUGAGUUCUUCUGUGAAGUGGAUGAAGACUACAUCCAGGACAAAUUUAAUCUUACUGGACUCAAUGAGCAGGUGCCUCACUAUCGACAAGCUCUAGACAUGAUCUUGGACCUGGAGCCUGAUGAAGAGUUGGAAGACAACCCCAACCAGAGCGACCUGAUUGAGCAGGCGGCUGAGAUGCUUUAUGGAUUGAUCCACGCCCGCUACAUCCUCACCAACCGUGGUAUCGCCCAAAUGUUGGAAAAAUACCAGCAGGGAGACUUUGGCUACUGUCCGCGUGUGUACUGUGAGAACCAGCCAAUGCUUCCCAUCGGCCUUUCAGACAUCCCAGGCGAGGCCAUGGUGAAGCUCUACUGCCCCAAGUGCAUGGACGUGUAUACACCCAAGUCGUCAAGGCACCAUCACACGGACGGCGCCUACUUCGGCACUGGUUUCCCUCACAUGCUCUUCAUGGUGCAUCCCGAGUACCGGCCCAAGCGACCUGCCAACCAGUUUGUGCCCAGGCUCUACGGUUUCAAGAUCCAUCCAAUGGCUUACCAGCUGCAACUCCAAGCCGCCAGCAACUUCAAGAGCCCAGUCAAGACGAUUCGCUGACUCUAUACCCCACUUGCCUCUCAGUCUUUGACACCUCCAUUCCUUUGCUGCCACCCUUUCAGGAACCCUCUAUGGUUUUUAGUUUAAAUUAAAGGAGCCAUUAUUGUGGUGGGAAUAUGAAAUAAAAUGGAAGAAAAGGC